UGGAACUGCUGUGAAACUUAAUUGGUUUCUACUGUGAUAGCAGGGACAGGCUGCCGCAAGCGACGCAGUCAAAUAAUAAAGUCGGAACGCUGUUGGUUACUCCAGCAGGUCUUGGAGUUGUAGCUGCUCAUCAUACUUUCUUAUAGCUUGAGAUAUCAUGCAGAGCCUAACGGCGCGCGGGUUGCCAUCGGCAGCUCCAAUUGCGCCUUCGGCAAGGCUGCACGUUCCGGUCCUCGCCUCCCGCGGCCUCGGUUGUCAACGCGUGCCCCUUAAAGUUUGCCGGGUAGCAACAGGAAGUGCCGGAGCUGCAGAGGGCGUGAAGGAGGACGUGCCAGCUGUGCCCGUGGUACCCCAACUCGGCGGGUCUGACGGCAACGGCGUGGGCAAGAAUAAUGGCGGCGGUGGCGGUGGUGGCGGUGGUGGUGGCAACAACGGGGAUGGCAAGGAACCCAUGGACCCCAAGAUUGUGGCGCUGCUGGCGGCGGCGGGCCGCUCCGUGGACAGCUUCCCCGCGGACUUCAAGUACGGGCUCCUGGCCAACAAGGUGACGCCGGAGAUCCUGCAGCGCUAUUUCUCAUUUGAGGCCAACUUCAUUGCCAAGCUGGUGUGGGGCAUUGACGGCUUCCGCGAGCGGCUGCUUGCAGACCCCAGCUUCUUCGUCAAGCUGGGCAUUGAGAUUGGCAUCGGCGUCGUGAUGAAGAUCACGGCCGAGUACACCAAGCGCCAGGAGAACUUCGCCAAGGAGGCGGACUUCGUGUUCGCCAACACGCUCAUGGCCAUCAUCGCCGACUUCAUGCUCACGUGGCUGCCGGCGCCCACGCUGUCGUACAGGCCUCGCGCCACCGCCAGCGGCAACGCGCUGGUCAACUUCUUCGCCAGCUGCCCCGACAACGCCUUCCAGAAGGUGCCGCCCGGCAUGGAGCCGUUCAGCCUGAGCCAGCGGCUGGGCGCCAUCCUGCGCAACGGCUCCAAGCUGCUGGGCGUGGGCUUCUGCGCCUCCCUGAUUGGCGUGGGCGUCACCAACAGCCUGCUGUUCGUGCGGCAGCAGCUGGACCCGACCAUGGCGCCGCCCAACGCGCCGCAGAACGUGCUGGCCACCUCGGCCGCCUACGGCGUGUACAUGAGCGUCAGCUCCAACCUGCGGUACCAGAUCAUUGCCGGCAUUGUGGAGGAGCGCGGCAUCGAGGUGCUCUUCAAGGGCAACCACCAGCUGUGCCACCUGCUGUCCUUCGUGGCGCGUACCGGCAACACCUUCCUGGGCAGCCUGCUAUGGGUGGACUUCGUGCGCCUGUGCGGCAUGCAGAAGGCCAGCGCCAAGCCCGCGGAGGCGCACUAAAGCAAUAGCAGGAGGAGGAGGAGGCUGAGGAGGCUGAGGAGGCUGCAGCUGUGGCAGGGCGCGAGAAGGAGCUGGACCUGGUCCGGGCCGCGGUGGAGGAGUCGGAGGAGGAGGCGCGGCGAUGGAUAUUGAGGAUGGUUUGGCGCAGCAGGGAUGGCUGCUGCGGCUGCAGGGGGCCGCCGAGGAGGGGGGCAGGCACAGCGCGAGCGCGCGUGUGAGCAGCCGUCGUGGGCUAUGGGCGUGCGGAGUGUGGGAUACGAGCUGUAGCAGCCUAGCAGACCCGAGUGCUCUCCUGAGCAUGAGCUUCGUGCCUGCGGCGCCAUGGCCGCGACGGUGUGGCGACAGCAGGCGCGCGGUGUGGGGCUCAUGGCGGACUGCGCCGUGGAGAGGGCGCUCACAGCGGGGGUGGGUGCAGCGCAGGGGCGCUAGACCGCUGGGCGCUGGUCACGACUUGCAAUAACAGGCUGGUGCACGGGCUGGUGCAGUGCCAGCGGGACCAUGUUAGGGCGGGCGCCGGUGCUUGUGAUGCGAGGCAUAAGCACGAGCAUGGCGCGACCAUUCGUUCGCAUGUAGGCCCGUGUUAUAUCCUCGCUGCAGGGCUCUUUACUUAAUCCCGCGAGUUUACUACGUGUUGGUCUAUGGUGACAAGAUAUUUGAGGUGCAAUCGUUUGACUGUCACGCGCGUGGAUACACUUCCUGGUUUGGUGGUCUGGUCUGGACCUGUGUGCAUGUGGUACACGUGUUUGGCUUGUUUGCUGUGUGCUCUGUUGGUAGAUUCUUUUAACAAUCCAACGGAUGCUGGGUUCUGGGCAUGGUCAGGGAUGUCGUUGCAGCCCCCAAUGGUGCGGCUGCAGAGGGUUAUGCAAGUCCACAGGCGGGCAGGAUGAUUGCCACUGGGUAAAGCUCGACUUUAUUACAUAUCAUACGGCGGAGGUCCGUGGGCAAUACAGAAGAGACUGUAACACUUAUGACGAGA